CGUGCAUGACUAGACCCAAUAAAAAUUUCAUGUCGGGGGCCAUGCAGCGAUUUCUCUUCUUCUCACAGUACCUGCACGCACACAUACCUGCUUACUUUUGUGGCCAUGGGUGAUGGUAGUGACGAUACAGCGGGAUUGUCGCAGGCUGAUUUCCGACGGAUGCUGGCGACACCAAGCACCACAGCAGGCGACAAGUCAGCCAAUGCAAAGCGCAGCGCCCUGGGUGCAGGGGUCUUGUUCCGGCCUCCCCGAGUCAAGAAUAGCGCAAGAGAAGAGGACAAAAAUAGGUCCAAGCAUGGCGUCAAGCAGCACCUGAAGCAGCAACAAAGCCAGUACCGUGAUAGGGCAGCUGAACGGCGUCAAGGGGUUAGCAGCGAAUACGAGGAGGGCGAGCGCAUGCUGCAGCAGCUUCGGGAUUCAACCACCGAGGCGGACUCGAGGCAGCGCGAAUACGAGCAGAGCAAGUACCUCGGUGGUGACAUCGAGCACACGCACUUGGUCAAAGGCCUCGACUUCUUGCUGCUGGAAAAGGAACGUGCGCGGGGCGGCGGAGAGGAGCUGGAUGACGAGCUCGAGCGGCUGCAGACAGAGGGAGCCCAUGCAGAUAGCACGUGUGCUGCUGCUAGUGAAGGCUUCGAUGCUGCAACGGCUACAACCCCCCUGGGGCAGCGUAUGAUGGCGACCUUGAAGCGGAUACACGAUGCCCGGGAAGAGGCGUGCCGGUCGAUUGAGGACGGGUUCAGAGCCGAUCUGAACGAGCUGUUCCUUCCCGGGCGGAUGUACUUUGAAUUUGCCUCUGCCACGCCGACCACACGCAUUCGCAACCAAGACGAGGUCAGGAUGAGAUCCAGCACUGGCAUGGCUGAUCUGGCGGACCCGGGCGGCGAUGCGGACGUAUUGCGCAAAGUGGUUGCGUCAAUCGCAGAGACCUGGGGCAAGAGGUCGCAGCCCAAAUCCCAAGAAGCGUUGCCAGGGGAUUGCCGAGAAUCGUCUGGGGAGGCACUGCAGCAGACUGCAGCAACAGGCAAUCCUGCGCCACCAGGCACAGAUUCGGACGACGAGGAUAUUUUUGCAGAUGCCGGGACUGACUAUGAGGUUACAGUGGCAAGGGGUAGUCCGGGCGACGACAUUGCACCAGGGCCAGCGCUGCCGCCAGAUGAGGGGGAGCCAGUUGUCGGGCCGUAUCCAAACAGCGAUGGCGGGAUGGAGGAUGGCGUGGUUGGUCCAUACCCCGGCAGCGAUAGCGAAAUGGAAGACAGCGCAGUUGGCCCUUACCCUGGCAGCGACAGUGAGAUGGACGACAAUGCGGUUGGCUCGUACCCUGCUGGCAGCAGCGGUGGGGAUCAGGGUGCAGUUGGCCCGUACCCAGGUGUCGACUGGGAUCCUGAUGGCAGCAGCGGCGAAGAGUCGGACGCGGAGCUGUUUUCGCAGGCUCGAUCACGGUUCCAUCAAGAGACACGCGAUCUGUUGGAUCAGGCCAGCUCGUCAGGCCCCGACAGGUCUUCCCAGACGAAGCGCAAGGCUGGCAAGAGCGAGUCCGCCAGCCAGGACUGGAAGAGAACGCGCCGGGUCAUGAAGAGCAAGCACAGUGUCGGUAUCGGCAGCGGCAAGCAGUGAUGGCUCACCACCAACUCUUAUCCAUAACACACCUGUCGCCAUGAGUCAUCGACCUGGUGAAGGCGGCUUUGCAGCAGCCAGCGCGAUAGCGGUCUUUCAGGACUUUUAACCUUGUUUUACAUGAGCUAUUGCUUCAGCACAUAAUGUCGAGCAAACUGUGGUCUAUCUUGGAGGUCGUCCGCAACUGCAACAGCGUGCCGGAAGUCGACGCACUGGUCAAAGGCGGAAGGCCUCUUCCGCUUCGUUGUCAACGGGCAGCUCG